CUGCGAGCGCUUCACUCCUGUGGUAAUCUUCGGUCAGGACGACAGCUUCAGCCGCAGACAUGUCAACCAGGGUUGCUGUGGUAACAGGUAGUAACAAGGGCAUCGGCCUGGCCAUCGUCAGAGCUCUCUGCAAGCAGUUUGAAGGAGACGUUUACCUCACUGCUAGAAAUGUCGGGCGUGGUGAGGACGCAGUGAAGGCUCUGUCCUCUGAGGGGCUGAAGGCCAUGUUUCACCAGCUGGACAUCAAUGACCUGAACAGCAUUAAAACUGCUGCUGCUUACUUUAAAGGGAAGUACGGCGGAGUGGACAUUCUCAUCAAUAAUGCUGGGAUAGCAUUCAAAGCGGCAGACACAACUCCAUUUGAUGUCCAGGCCGAGGUGACCCUCAACACAAACUUCUUUGCCACCAGAGACAUGUUGACUCACUUCCUGCCGAUCGUUAAAGCUGGAGGUCGUGUGGUGAAUGUUUCCAGCUUUGUCAGUGCACUUACGUUGAACAAGUGCAGCUCGGAGCUCCAGCAGCGUUUCCGCAGUCAGGACCUCACAGAGGACGAGCUGGUGGGACUGAUGCAGCGGUUUGUCAGCGAAGCCAAGAAAGGCAAACACAAAGAAGGCGGCUGGCCCGAUUCAGCAUAUGGAACAUCUAAAGUCGGACUGACGGCCCUGUCCAUGAUUCUUGCUCGUCAAGUUUCCAAGCAGAGACCAAAUGACGGGAUCUUGCUGAACGCCUGCUGUCCAGGAUGGGUGCGCACCGACAUGGCUGGCGAUAAAGCCCCCAAGUCACCAGAGGAGGGCGCUGUCACUCCAGUGUACCUGGCCCUGCUGCCACCCGGAGCCACAGAGCCUCACGGAAAAUUUGUGUCUGACAAGCAAGUUCAGCCGUGGUGACAAGCGUGUGAUUGUCAGCGUUUCCACCCAAACGACAUGUCGAAGAUCCGUAUUUAGACUAGAUGAACCAAUCAAAACAAUGCAUUUUUAACAGUUUGAGUCUGUCAGUGUGCAUGUGUGUAUCUGCUGGAUUAUAACAUAUACAGUAAUUAAACUUGUGUAUGUGUAA